CGCGACGCGAACGUAGGUGUGCUCGUGUACGUAUACAAACGGUAGGUCCGGUGGAGGUAGAUCGUAGUAGCGUGUAGGUAGGCGCAGAGCGCGAAAGAAGGUAGAGGAUUGGCGGAGAUGCAGCUUAGAAUUCCACGCAUAGUCAAGGGGUUUCUGGUUGGUUGGUAAGUGGGACUAGCCGGGACUCAUAGGCAGCAUGUCUUCUACGAGAGCUCGCAGUCCCAUUCGAAACUCUGGAACGCGUUUAAGCGCGGAUUUACUUUUCAUCGGUUCGCCUUCGAUUCGCGGAUUUAUUUCGAUACUCGAUGGAACGCUCGACAAUGCGGAACAACGAAAACAGCCACACGGCCUGAAUAUUAUCGCUUAACCCGUUCGAGUUAUCCUCGGUAAUCAAGCGUUUUUGCCAUUGAACCUUUCGCGAUUCUCUUUCGAUUUCUCGUGGUUCGAGCAAAUACCGACCGGUGUAUGACCGCGACGGAGAUACGCUGCAAUAUAAUAUUGCCAGCCAUCGUCGCUAAAGGAGCACCGGUCAUAAGCAGAAGGCUGCUAGAUCGAGAUCGAAAUCGAGGUCGAGGUCGAGGUCGAGGGUAAGGUGAAGAACUCGAGACCCAGAUCAAGAUCACCAUCGGAGUCGUUGUUGGAAAUCAAAGCGCAUAGCUCGGGAAGAAAAUGCAGCCGAUUCAAGGAGGCAAAUGGUUCGUUCUGAUGAUCGUUGGAAGCAUGGCUUUACCGCCUCAAUCGCAAACCGGCAAAGGGAAGGAAACGAUGCCUGUAACCGGAAACGACGCCCACUUCGAUCCUUCUUCGACGAUUUCAUCGAACACCAGCAACGCUAUCGUCGCCUCCAACAGCGCUAACAACAGCGUCGACAUCGAUAUUAAUGAUGACAGCGGUAGCACCGUAUCGAAGCCGGUUUCUCUCGACGUUUCCGCUCCGAUCGGCAACGACGAAACGACGCUGGCAUCGUCAUCGGUGACGCCGAUUUUAGAGAAUCGCUCGUCUCCAGACGAAAUCGUCGAGAAUUCACCGACGACUCGGUCGUCGAUCGCGGGAGCGGAAUCGACGUCGACUACCACCACCACGACGGCGACUACGAAGAGUAAUGUCGUAACUAACGCGAAAACAACCAUGAUAAAUGGUAAUAAUUCGAAUACGGGUUCGAGCGUGGCUCCUACCGAAACCUCCUCGAGAACGAUCGUCUCUACUCAAGACGCGAGCACUUUUCUCUCAUCUUCGAAGAAAUCGACCAGCAGCUUUAACGAAUCUACCACCACUCCCGCUUCGAUUUCCGCGAAGGAAACGCGAGAAUCGCCUGGGAAAAUUCGACCGCAAAUCAAAUUAACGACAAACUACACCAGUCUCACAGAGACUGGUGUACGAUUACCGGAAGGUGCGAGCGCGGCUCUCGCUAAACCAACCAAGUAUCAUUACUAUCCGCACAAUCAACACAUCUACCUGCUACCGGAGUGCGCGGUGCAGCAGGUUUGCAAUGCAGUUUACGUUAGAUUGAACUUUACUCAGCCACUGUGCGCCUGUCCAGGAAGAUACCGCGACCCUUGCAGCGCUUCUCUCGACAGCGACGACCUCCACACUACGGAGCUGGUCACCGACCCUCGAACCAAGGCUCUCACUUUGGUGAAAACUUGCGAGCCAGUGGCCGAAAUGCGCGAGUGUAGAGCACCGAGGGAUUGGUCCCUUCUCGCGUUGCAGAACGUGCGAACUGGCAAGUCUCAUUACCUGGUGAUAUGCCGAUGUCCCGACGCUAACAUACUCGAAGGUCCUAUGAGUCACGAUCAACCGACGUACGCCAGCGUGCCAGGUAUUCGCGUUUACGGGAUGAUGUGCGUUCAAAGGACCCGAAGAGGACGACCGCUGCGAAACGUCCGCAGUCUCAUAGAUAGCCCGAUAGGCGAAAUCAACGACAACUCGAUGCCCAAAGAGAACGCGGAGACGAACGAUCGGUUAAGCUUUCCGUGGUACAAGGUGCAACAAUUAAUGAACACGGCCGUCUGGGAUUAGAAGGAUCGUUAACGAAACUUUCGACGGCGCAACAGUGUCCGUGAAAUGAUGGAAAAGUAUCGUUCGAAGUUUGUUGAAAAUCUGCUUCGACGUUCAUUCGUCUCUUUAUUUAUUAAGCACCUUGCUUCGCUUCGCUUAGCUUCCUCUCCCUUCGGUUUAGAGCAAAUCACCAUUUAUUCUUAUUCUUACUUACAUUGUAACUUGUAAUUACGUUAUAAUAUACCUGUGUACUCGUACAAUUGAAUCCGAACGAGAAAAGGUAAAAUAGGCGAGACUAUACAAGGUGUUAAAAAUACACUUUACUCUACGAUCUGGUUGUGACAAGUUCGAACUAUUCCAUUUCUCGAUCGAGUACGGUAAUAUCGGAUAUUAAGAAGCACCUCGUAAGCGAUCGGUAGAAAUGGGAGUAUUAAAUGAUUACAAACAGACUGUGAAUCCCUUCAGCGUAAGUAGAUUAAUCAUGGUAUUCGCAUAAAUCCAUAGGUACGUGUAUCAUAAAACACACGAAAUUUGUAAAAUUAAACGUUUUCAGCAAA